AUGGGUGCAACCCCCUUUCAUCGUUCCAUCCUCAAAGUCCGGCUACCAAAGCACUUUGAUAAGCCGACGGACAUGAGGUACGACGGAACCCAAGACCCGCAGGAACACCUCACGGCCUUCGAGGCCAGGAUGAACCUAGAAGGAGUUGGAGACGAGGUGAGGUGCCGCGCUUUCCCGGUCAUCUUGGCGGGACCUGCGAUACGGUGGUUCAACAGCCUCCCGCAGGGCUCGGUGGCCAGGUUUUUGGACAUCAGCCGCGCUUUCCUGGCCCAAUUUACAACCAGAAUCGCAAAGGCAAAACACCCGAUCAAUUUGCUCAGGGUGACUCAGAGGUCUAGCGAGUCGACCAGAAAAUAUCUAGACUGGUUUAACGAUGAGUGCUUAGAGAUCGACGGGCUAACUGACUCGGUAGCUAGUCUGUGUUUGACGAACGGACUCCAGAACGAGGACUUCAGAAAGCACCUCACCACGAAGCCAGUGUGGACAAUGCAUGAGAUCCAAACUGUAGCUAGGGAAUACAUUAAUGAUGAAGAAGUCAGUCAAGUCGUGGCUGCCAACAAGCGGCAGCCCUCCUACAAUCAACCCCGACAGCACGGUAGCAGACAAAGGCAGAAGGAACAUGCCAGAGACGGCGGUCCGAGCAAGACACCCAGGCCAUUUCCUCGAGUCGAAAAGUUCACCAAUUACACUCCCCUCACUGUCCCCAUCAUAGAAGUUUAUAAACAGAUAGCCGAGAAGGGAAUCUUGUCGAAGCCCCGACCUCUAAAGGACCGAACCGGGGGGAACAAGAGCCUCUAUUGUGAUUAUCAUAAGGGCUAUGGACAUAAAACACAGGACUGCUUCGACCUAAAAGACGCGCUGGAACAAGCAAUCCGGGACGGAAAACUAGACAAAUUCUCCCACCUCAUCAGGGAGCCGAGGAGACGAGAUCAUGACCGCGAGGGAGAGGACAAGACCCGCUCAGUAAAGCGACGUCAAGAGCCAGAGGACAAUGACCACGACCUUACCAUAGUAAACGUGGUAACAGCAAGGAAUGCGGCUCCGAGGUCGAAGUCGGCACACAAGAAAGACACCAAAGUUCUGGCAGUUUCUUCGUCUUCCGUGCGAAGCUCCAAAAAGCUUCCAUCCAUUUCGUUCAGUCCGGAGGACCAAUGGUUCGAUGAGGUCGCGGAAAACCCUCCCAUGGUCAUCACGGCCAGAGUGGGAACCGGCCUCAUCAAGCAGAUCCUUGUAGAUACUGGGGCGGACUCGAAUAUUAUGUUCCGCAACGUGUUCGAUGCCUUGGGUCUACGGGAUGCCGACUUAAAGACUCACAGCACGGUGUUGUAA